AACCACCACUACCGCCACAAUGGACAUGUUAACAUCCGCCGAGCAGCGCACCCUCGAGCAGCGCAUGCAAAAGCGCCAAGUCAAGGAAUUCGUCGGCGCUUUCGGCGGCCUCGUCGAGCACUGCUUCACCUCCUGCAUCGACGACUUCACCUCAAAGUCCCUCUCCACCAAGGAAACCGGCUGCCUCAACCGCUGCGUCCUCAAGUGGAUGGCCACGCAGCAGCGCGUCAGCGAGCGCUUCCAGGAGCACAAUGCCCAGAUCACGCAGCAGAUGCAGAAAUAAGAAAGCAACUCCCUCUUACGAACAACAUCAUCGUCCAAUGUCAAUGAAAAAGGGAAUUCGAAACCAGCAAGCAAAAAGAAUAUAUACAAAGCGUAAGGAUGACGAAUGGGGGCUGGCGCCUUUGAUGUCGAUGAGUGG